AGACACAGCGAUCUACGUUACAGUUGCACUGGAGAGGGUGUAUGACGAAAAGAGGAAAACAGACAGUUCAUUUUCUAUGUCAAUGUUUGUGACUAUAAUCAUCUCCGACAUGGUUUGUUUACGUUCAGUUUGACUGGUCCUGUAUGCUCCCCAAAUGCCCAUAGUUGAAAUUUAUCUAUAGUUGGAACAAAACUAUCAGGUUUACGACAGUUCUAUGACGAGUUGGGUGUCAUGACUAUGAAUGAUUGUUUUUAUUAAAAUGAUGUAGUCUGUGCCUCUUGUGAUUCUUCUGAAGAAGUGAUUUGAUCAACUAAACAAAAUGUCUCUUUUCCGAAAACCAAAAAAACAUAUACAACGGCGAGUAUUCACAGAAAAUGACGAAGACGAUGAAGAUAUUAUGGAUGUUGAAAUUCCUGCCGAAAAAGAUACUAAGAAAAAAGACAAAAAUAAACUUUCAAGUAAGAAAAAACAACCCCUAUUAAGUUUUGAAACAGAAGAAGAAGGAGAGGUUUUUCAAGUGAAGAAAUCAUCUCAUAGCAGAAAAAUAAUGAAAUUAUUUGAGAAAGAGAAGCAUAAGAAAAAAGAUAAGACCGAAAAGGAAGAAGUUAAACAGAAAGAAGUAGUUACAGAAAUUAUUACAGACGAUCUAAUAAUGAAAGUAAAUCCAAGCCACAAAAUUAAUUCAAUAUUACCAGAACCACCGCCACCACCUAUAUUAAGUGGCAGAGAUGCUCUUUGUGCAGGGAAAGAUGAUUUAUCUUCUGAAGAAGAAGAAAGUAAUUCUGCACAUAAGUUUUCCAAACCUGAUAAUUUCAAAAAAGUGUUAGAAUCUGGGGCAAUUCCAGAUGCUGCAAUGAUUCAUGCAGCUCGAAAACGAAGACAGAGGGCAAGAGAACUGGGUGGUGACUAUCUUCCAAUAGAAGAUGAUGAAGUAAAAGAGGAUACAGGAAGAUUGAUACGUGAUGAUGAACAUGAUGCCAGUGAAGAUGAAGAAAGAAUAGAUAUGGACAUUAACCCGUUAAGAAGAGAUCAAGAUAGGCGAAGAGAACAAUUUUUAGCUGCUCAGGAAUCAGAAGAAGAAGCAGAUCAAGAAAUUGAUGAAUGGGAAAAUCAACAAAUAAGAAAAGGAGUUACAGGAGCUCCCAUGGCUGUGAUGUCACAAGAAUAUAUAUAUGAUAAUAACUAUACCACUACAGUACAAUCUGCUGCUCCCCCAGUGUCAUCUUUUGCAUUUGAUUCGAACAUUCAAGUCACUCCAGAAGCUAUAGUUGAUAAACUUCGAACUCACUAUCAAACUUUGAGUACUUCCAGAGAUGCACAUGCAGUAAAACUUCAAAAAGUUAGUAAUAGGCUUGUUGAAGCAAACGAAGAACUUGAAGAGCAAAAGAAGCGCGCGCCAGUAGCUGCAGAACGGUUCCGAUUUUAUCAAGAAUUGAGAGGCUAUGUGACUGAUCUUGUAGAAUGUUUUGAUGAAAAGGUUGCAUUAAUUGCAGAUUUAGAACAGAGAUCAAUUGACUUAAUGGCUCGAAAAGCAAUUUGGUUGAUAGAACGUCGGAGACAAGAUGUACGAGAUCAAGCAGAAGAAGCAACUCUUGCAUAUAAACCUAAUUUGGUUCGUAAAAAUGUCGAAGAUGAGGAAAAAACGCGAAGAGCAGCUGAAAGAGAAGGUCGCCGUACACGAAGGAGAAGAGCUCGUGAACAAGGAGGGCAACAGAAACAUGUAGAAGGAAUGUCAAGUGAUGAUGAAAUUUCGCAACAAGACAUGCUUGGCUUUGAUAAAGAUAGAGAACAAAUGGAACUUGAAAUUCAAGCCGUAUUAGAAGAUGUAAUUGACGAUUUUUCGUCAAUUGCAAAUAUUUUGAUUAAGUUUGAACAAUGGAAAGAAACGGAUGUCACUGCAUAUAAUGAAGCUUAUGGUACUCUUUGUUUGCCGCGAAUAGUAACCCCUCUUAUUCGUUUAGACCUAUUAUUUUGGGAUCCUUUGACUGAAUCGAUGGAAUUAGAGAAAUUAGAUUGGUACCGUACUUUGGCACUGUAUGGUUUACAUGACAACGAGACAGAAAACGACCUUAACAAAGACCCUGACGUCAGUUUGUUACCUAAAGUAAUUGAUAAAGUGGUUGUACCGAAACUGACACAACUUGUAGAUAGGUGUUGGGAUCCUCUUUCUAGUUCGCAAACUUUAAGAUUAGUAGGAACGAUAAGUAGAUAUAUACGACGGUUUCCAACGUUAGGACCCGCGAGUAAAUCAUUACAAAAUUUGUUUAAUGCUAUUUUGCACAAAUUGAAGGAAGCCUUGGAGCAUGACGUUUUUAUUCCGAUUGUUCCGAAAUUUGCCGAAACGAAGAUGCCAUUCUUUCAAAGACAGUUCGCAAGUGGUCUUAAAUUACUUAGAAAUAUUACGAGCUGGCAGGGAAUUUUAAAUGACAAUACUUUGAAGGACUUGGCAUUAAAUUCUCUUUUAAACCGCUAUUUACUAAGCGCAAUAAAAAUUUGUCAACUUACUGAUGCAGUAAAUAAAAUGGGAUUAAUAAGUCACAUACUUCCUCGAAUAUGGUUGCAAAACAACACUAUACAUUUGGAAAUGUUUAGCAUGUGUGUUACUAACUUAGGACAACAGCUUGAUAAAAACAAUCCAUUACAUUUGGAAUCGAUAGAAACUCUUUCAAAUAUAAUUAAAUCUCUAAGAAAUUGACAAAUUAAAAAACUUUGAUGUAAGAUAUGCAUGUAAAUAUUAACUAUAAAUAGAUUGUACGUUUGAACGUUUUAUCGCUACCUGAACAAUUGCACAUUUAAUUAGGUCCCAUCAAAUUAUUCGUAUCAAUAAAUAAAUAAACAUUCCUAAUUUAGAGCUUUUUGCUGUUUCCAUAUAAGAUUAUUAUAUUUUAGUUCUCAGGAUUAAUCCUAUGUGCAGACCUACUACAAAAACCUCUAGAAGAUUUUAUGUAUUAUAAUGCAUAAAAUGUAUCUUAAUACACCUGGUUCAAUAAAUAAAUAAAUUUCGUGAGUAGCCGAACCAAAGAUGGCCCCUAAUAUCCAUAGACAAACCAAGGUCUUUGUUCCUUGUUGCACCCAUGCGCAUAAUUUUCUGUGAUGGAAACAAAUAAAACAAUCGGAUUUAACCUAUUUUUAUUUUGUAUAAGAACUAUUUUAUUCAACUUUAGGGAAGGUUUAUGAUAAGCAUGAAAAAAAAAGUUAACAUUACAAGACAAGUUUUCAAACAUCAGCGAGUUAUAUUAGCAAGUGUAUUUUCUUUUAUUUUUGGCUCAUUAGUAACUGUUAACUUUGCUCAAAUAAAUAAAACAUGCAAAUUAGAUGAUACCGAUCGAGAAUACAAUAUAAUGAAAAACUCAAAAUUGAAGAGUGAUGAACUGGUUGUGUUAAUUUUCUCAGCUCCUGAUAAUUUAUCAAAACGUAAUGCAAUUCGGUCGACUUGGCUUCAAUUUCAACAACUUGAAGUUUCGCUGUAUACUUUCACUCAUUAUUUUGUGAUAGGGAAGCCUUCCAGAAGUGCUAAAAAAUACGAUCAUAUCGUUGAAGAACAAUCCUUUUACAAAGACAUAUUGUUGCUCCCGAUGUAUGAUGGUUACAAUAAUCUUACUGAAAAGGUGUUAAGAAGUUUUGUUUGGCUGAAAGAACAAAGAGACUUUGGUUUUAAUUUUAAAUACGUUUUAAAAUGUGAUGAUGAUUCAUUUGUAAGAGUUUAUGAUAUAUUACAUGAAAUAUCGGGAAUUGAAAACUUCUAUUUGAAUCCACAUGUUAAAUUUAGAGACCCAAAUAAUGAUAGUUUUUCUCGGUUUUUAAGUGCCAAUUUACAGAUUAACAAAAAUGUCAAAAUUAAGAAAGAUAUGAAUUUGUAUUGGGGAUAUUUCACUGGGAAUACUAAAUUAAAGAAAUCUGGGAAAUGGAAGGAGGAAGAAUGGAUGCUUUGUGACUAUUAUUUACCUUAUGCAUUAGGUGGAGGAUAUGUGCUCUCAGCAGAUCUUGUACUGUAUAUAGCAAAUAAUGCAGAUACUCUCAGGCAGUACAAUUCAGAAGAUGUAAGCGUUGGGACUUGGUUAGCACCUGUUACAAAUACAGUACGUAUUCAUGAUGUCAGAUUUGAUACAGAAUGGAUUUCACGAGGUUGUCAAAACUAUUAUUUGUUAAUUCAUCAUGUGUCUGAAAAACAGAUGCACGAGUUCUAUUACAAUAUGUUAACUACAGGCCAUUUAUGUACAAAUGAAAGUCUGAUUAGGAUACCAUACCUAUAUGAUUGGAAAAAGCCAAAUAGUGAAUGUUGUAUGAAGACUGAAAAGAAAGGCAGCUUACUAGAUAACAUAAAAUCCUUCUUUCCAGUACCUAACUAAACGAGUACUUUAUUAGAUACAUACCUGCAUAUCUAUAAGUUGUUAUUUAUUGACUAAUUAUUAUAAUAUAUAAAAUGUGUAUAA